AUGAGUUUCGGAUUGAGCUUGGGGGACUUCGUUUCCGUUAUCACUUUGGCCAAUAAGCUCCGAAGAGACUUUGUUGGUGCCCCAAGCCAGUUCAACAGUAUCUCGAGAGAGGUCAGAGGGCUGACGAUUAUCCUCCAAGACGUCGAUGUUCAACUGCCGGAAUACGAUAUCGAUGAUCACCAACGCAAACAACUAAGUGAAAUCAGUCACAGCUGUGGGACCCUGUUGAACGAGCUUCAAGAUGCCAUCGGGAAAUAUAAAGCCGUUGAAUACUGUGGUACAUCCAUUCACAAGAAGGCUAGAAGUAUUUGGAAGAGAAUUUCCUGGGAGCCAAAAGACAUAGGCGAGCUUCGAGAUCGGUUAUUAUCUAAUGUGACAUUGCUCCAGUCAUUUUUGAAUGCUAUAUCAAGUCAAACCAUGGCGGCGACAAAACAAACACUGGAGCAUCUCAACCAGCGACAGGAAAGCAAUGAACAGUCUUGCAUUCUCGACUGGCUGUCUGCCGCUGAUUAUACUCUGCAGCAGAGCGAUCUUCUCGCUAGGCGGCAAGAAGGAACUGGAGAAUGGCUUCUCGAUUCCGACGAAUAUAAGCAUUGGCUUCGCACACCCAAUGCCACCUUGUUUUGUCCAGGAAUUCCAGGUGCUGGAAAGACCAUCUGUUCUGCUAUCCUUGUCGACGAUUUGAUUACGCGCUUUGAGAAUAAGCCAAAUGUCGGCAUAGCCUACAUUUAUUGCAACUUUAAUCGCCAAGAUGAACAAAAGCUUCAAGACUUGCUUUCAAGUUUGCUAAAGCAAUUAAGCCAGAAGAGAACAUCUGUUCCAGAUGCAGUCAAGGACCUUUACACGCGCUACAAAGCUACAUCGACGCGUCCGCGAUUUAAUGAAAUAUCGAAAGCUCUGCAAUCAGUCGCUUCCAUGUAUUCGGAUGUGUUUAUUGUCGUCGAUGCCCUCGAUGAGUGCGAGUCCACUUGCCGUACUAGACUUUUAGGCGAGAUGAUGAAAAUUCAUGCCAGUGUUGGAGCAAAUGUCUUUGCCACAUCAAGGCCCACGGAGAUAAAUGAUUUGUUCCAAGCAGGCAGCGUUCUAGAGAUACGGGCUCAUGAGGAUGACGUUCGACGAUAUCUUGACGGCAAUAUGUACCGACUCCCGGGAUUUGUGAGUCGAAAUACUGCAUUGCAAGAGGAGAUUAUGACCGUAAUCUCACGCCAUGUACAGGGAAUGUUCCUUCUUGCACAGCUUUAUUUCGAGUCAUUGAUCGGCAGGAGGUCAGCCAAAUCUACUAGAGCCGCUCUGAAAGAGCUCUCGAAUGGGUCUCAUGACUAUGCAUACGACAAGGCUUAUGACAACGCGAUGACCCGAAUUCAAGGGCAAAUGAGAGAGCAAACUGACUUGGCCAUACAAACCCUCUCUUGGCUCAUAUGCGCAAGAAGACCGCUCACUUCAUUGGAGCUCCAGCAUGCACUUGCAAUAGAGGACGGCCAAUCUAGCCUUGAUGAGGAGAACAUGCCGGAGAUCGAAGAUAUCCUUGCUGUGUGUGCUGGUCUGGUCACCACAGAAAACGAAACCGGGGUAAUUCGACUGGUCCAUUAUACUACGAAAGAAUACCUUGAGCGGAAACAGGAAGCCUUCUUUUCAUCUGCUGAAAAUGACAUUAGUACGCUAUGUGUGGCUUAUAUCUCAUUUGAGACAUUUGGAUCUGGAGUUUGCGAAAGUGAUACAGCGAUGGAGGAGCGUCUACAUUCACAUCCAUUCUACUCUUAUGCGGCAUGCUAUUGGGGAGACCAUGUGAGAGCAAUCAAAGAUUUGGAUCCCGAUGUGAUAGAGUUUCUGAAAGACCAGCAAAAGGUCGGAGCUUCAGAACAAGCACUCAUGGUUACCAAGGACCCAGUCCGGAAAGAUUGGAGCCAAAGUUAUUCAAAAACAAUGACUGGGUUCCACCUCGCCGCAUACUUCGGGAUCCAAGAAGCGGUAGCUUACUUUCUUCAGAAUCAAUACUCCGUGGACCUCUGUUAUAGUGCUGGCUACACAGCAUUGAAAUGGGCUAUUUCAGGAGGUCAUCUGAAUGUCGGCCAGUUACUCCUUUCCCACGGGGCAGAUCCAAACAUAUCCGACAAGAAAGGAUUUACCGAGCUUUCAUUUGCUGCCCAGUAUGGCCAAGAAGCUAUUGUCAGACUCCUUGUUGAAUGGGGUGCUGACGUUGACGCCCCGUGUGCAUGGUAUGGAAGCGCCCUGGUCGCAGCGUGUGACGAGGGCCAACUGGAAGUCGCAAAGAUCCUUCUCAAUAACAAGGCAGAUAUCAAUGCCGAGAGUGAGCUCUACGGCAGUCCAUUGGAAACCGCUGCUAAGGGAGGCCACUGGAAACUAGUAAAUUUCCUGCUUGAGACGGGCGCUGAGCCCAAUUCUCAAGGGGAUGAGGCUGAAACCGCAUUGCAAUUAGCGGCAUUCCAGGGCCAGGAAGAUAUCGUGCUAAUCUUGCUCAACCAUGGUGCGGACGUCAACCGACAAGCAGGACCCUAUGGAAACGCACUGAGAGCGGCUUCGAUGAACGGGAAUCAGCAAAUAGUGCAAAUGUUGCUCGAUAGCGGCGCCAACGUAAACGCGGAACACGAGCUUGGCACAGCUCUGAUGGCUGCCGUUGAAAAAGGGCAAUGUGACAUUGCAAAGGUGCUACUAGACAAUGGCGCCGACCCUAAUGGUCGUGGAAGGGUACAUGGCACUGCUUUGCAUGCAGCCGCCGCGUUCGGAUUUGUGGAAAUAACGCAGCUUCUACUCGAUAGAGGUGCUGACAGCACCAUUCGUGCUGGUGUUUACAAAACGCCCCUGCGAGCAGCCACGAUGAGAGGUCAUCGGGAGGUUGCCGCGCUUCUCAAAAGACAUCAGCAGAACUUAAGCGUCUGA